AUGUCGGCAUUUUCCUCCCUUUUCUCGGGAGCGUCCAAGGACCAAACCGUGGAGUCCAUGUUCGGCUCCUCGGCUGGUCCCGUUGACAGAGACUCCUUGAAAACUUCCAGAACCGUGAUUGAGAUUCCAGAAGAGCCUGAGAUCAAGGAAAAGAAGGUGAAGAAGGAGAGAAAGGAGAAGAAGGACAAGAAGGAGAAAAAAGAGAAGAAGGAUAAGAAGAGCAAGAAGGACGAUGAGGAGGAUGAGAAUUUGGAGGCCAAGUACUACGAGAAGUUACUUGAGGAAGAGGAGAACGCCAAAAAGGAAGCUGUAGUGGCUGAAGAAGCCAGCGAAGAGGCAAGUAAAGAAUCAUCUGAAGACGCUGGAAAAGAAAGUGACGAUUCCAGCAGCGAUGAGGACGACGAGGAGACAGAAAAGCCCAAAAAGAGAGAACUGGGUGCCAAAACCGUGGACCUCAAGGAGGACGAACUAGAUAAAGCCGAAAGGACGGUUUUCGUCGGUAACGUGCCCACCUCUGUCGUCACAUCCAAGAGAACAUACAAGCAUUUCAAGCAGCUUUUCCAGCAGACCGGACCUAUCCAGGCCAUACGAUUCAGAUCGAUUGCUUUUGACGAAGCCCUCCCCAGAAAACUAGCAUUUGCCAAGAGAGCCUUGCAUGAUCUUAGAGACACUGUGAAUGCUUACGUGGUGUUCAAACAGAAAGAAGCAUCCAAGAAGGCCUGCAGCAGGCUCAAUGCCACAUUGUUCGAGCAUCACCAUCUUAGAGUUGACCAUGUGGCUCACCCAGCCCCAAAGGACAACAAGAGAACCAUUUUUGUUGGAAACUUGGAUUUCGAGGAACAGGAAGAAAACUUGUGGAGGUACUUCAACAAGCACACUGGUGACGAUGUCGAGUCUGUUCGUGUAGUGAGGGACUCCAAGACCAACCUCGGUAAAGGUUUCGCUCUUGUCCAAUUCAAAGACACCCUUUCCGUGAACAAGGCGAUUUUGCUCAACGACAAACCCAUGGUGGUCAACCAGAAAGAGGCCGCUGAAGGUGACAAGAAGAAGAAACCAAGAAAGCUCCGUAUUUCCAGAGCCAAGGCCAACGCUAAGCCAUCUGCCAUGUCACCAAACCACGUUGACAACCUCAGAAAGCACAAGAAGCCAAAGACGAAGCUUUCGGAUGUCCAGAAGACCAAAUUGGGUCGUGCUAGAACGCUUUUGGGUAAGUCUGACCGUAAUUCUGCGGGCCAGAUUGUUGUGGAAGGUGCUCGUGCCACCAAGGGUCAGAAAAUUGCCGGUAUCAAGGGUCUCAAAACCGCAAAGGGUAAGGUGAAGAAGCCUAGAAUCACCGACAGAUCGUUGCGUUUCAAGAAGGACCAGCAGGCCAUGAAGGUUCUUGGAGACAAGGACAAGAAGAAGGCUUAG